AUGUCCGAUAUUAACACAACUCUCCUCAACUCAAUUCAAAAGAUUGAGGUUGAUCUUGCUGAAAUCAAGCAAGCAUUGCGCGAGCUUCAAAGGCAAUUCAGCAAUCAAUUUGCACCAGCACUCACAGAGUACCCUGAUCAGCUCGGUAAGCAAGUAAUCAAUACUGGCGGUGAGUUCAAAGGAAAAAACGAAGCACAAAAAUACAAUCUGUUGCUUCAGAUUCUUCACGAGCAGGACUGGAAGGCGCGCUGCAAAGAAGUUCCACAAGGGCAGCCUUUGCCCCCAUUAGUCCCUCUUUCAGACCAUGAUUUGACAGUAAAAAGACUGCAUCUCAAAACAUUAGGCCGUACGGUAAAGCAUGAUAUCAUUGACAAAGACUAUUCUGCGGCCUCAAAAGAAUGGAAGAAUAUCCCAGAGAAAAACAGGGAAUACUACAUGAUGCAUUUGGAGAGGUUGGCGAAGAAUGGUGGAUUGCACAUCCACCAAUAUAAAAGAAUGUGGUGUGCAAGAAGCCUUCUUUGGGAAAGCUUCAAGAGCGACAACCAGACGCACAAGAGAAGAAUGGCAGAGAAGAACAAAACACAGCGAGACAUAAGUGAUUCUUCGCUUUCUUCUCCUGAUAUGUCAGAAACUGGUGAUGUUGAGUCGCCCAUAAUGGCAGAUGUGCUGUCUCCUCCACCCACAGCAAGUGUCGAGCCUGCUCGCAAGAGAAGCCGAAGAUCAGUAAAUGCUUAUUUUACUGAACAAUAUAUUUGUAGAAAUCGACCUGCGGCUAAGAUCAGUCACAGCAAAAUUGUUGAUGCUUUGCUCAAGUCCAAGUCAAGUGUCAAGGGCCAUGAGUAUAAUGCCUGUCCUAGUGAUUACCAAUUGUAUGAAAUUAAUGAAAAUCAAGAAUCUUGUGUUGACUAUGGCAAACUGCAAUACAAGACUGAUCCUGAGCAAAGUCAAAUACUAUCUGUCAGUAUGAAGCUCAUGUCAUUCAGUGAUAUGUUUUCUCAAAUGCUGGCUGAUACAGCUACAAGAUAA